AUGAGCUCGACGACGACUCCAGUUGAAGCCCUGGCUCGCCUCUGCUUCGCGCCAAGAAAGCCGCGAGUUCAAAAAGCUUUCGGUUAGUUUUUUUUGUCGUUUUUGAGGCAAAAAAAUUCGAGUAUAAUUUUAUUCAAGCUUGAAGAAAUGCAUAAAGUAGCUUUCAUCCCUUCUAGCUGUUCUCAGGCUUCAAAAAACAUCCUAUUUACAUCUAAAACUUCAAAAUUUCUGAGUUUUUCGAAAUUUAAUUUUGAGCGUUUACUCAUCAAUAAAAUGUUAGCAAUCUUUGAAAUUGAAAAAAAUAUAUGUACUUUAACGUUUCCAGGCAUGAAAUUCAUAAGUGGAACCUUGCAAGAAACAUUUUUUUAAGCUCAAAUUUCAUUUAAUUCAACUGUAAUUUAAAAAUUUUUUUAAAUUUGAUCCUCAGUGGUUCUGCAUGUUUGCGUGGCAGUGUAUAAUGUCAAAAAAAUUGUUUUUUUAAGUUUCGAAACUUUUUUUCCUUUCAAAUUGCUUGUAAACUCCUACACUUGAUUGAAAAACUAGUAUAAAUUAAUAAAAAUUUCAGCCAAAAUCAAGAACCGUGCGGUGAGGAAGCUGAUCAACGACGACAUUGAAGCUAAUAAAUCGCCAGGUUUUUUUCUUUUAUUUCUCAAGAUAAAGUUCAAAAUUGAUUGGUUUUCCGUUGAUUUUUCACAUUCAAAAAGACUUCCACAAAAUAAGUAAUUAAAAAAAUUUCAGAAAAGCCGUUCCAAGGAUUCGCCAAACUUUCGGCUUCCACUGAAUCGCUGGAAAAUGGCUCGAAUACCGAUUCUGACGAGGAAAAAGCCGAAAAAAUUGAUUCGAAGCCAAAAAACCAGGUACUUUUCAACUUUAAAAAAAUCAAACUCAAAAAAAAUUUCAGACUUUGAUUCCUCAAAAAUGA